AUGGAUAUAGAAGGUAAAAAUUCUAAUACAGAGUUAAAAGAUACUCACACUAUACCAAAAGAAACCUCACCAAAACGUCCAAGACUAGAUUUAAGUGAUAUUCAGUCCCAAGAUUUUGAAAUUUCAGGAGUUAAAAUCACUAACAAAAACUUAGCUCAAAAGGCGAUGGAUAUAUGUGUUAAAGUUGCUGAAAUUAAAUUAUCUGCAUUUUGUGCUGAGCAUAAUUUAGCUUUUGAUGUGUGUGAUCAUUUAUCAGACUUGUUAAAAGAAACUUUUCAAGAUUCUGCUGUUGUUAAAAAGAUAAACCUCAAAAGAACCAAAGCAACUUUGAUUGUAAAAAAUGUCAUAGGAGAACAAGAAAAAGAGGAGUUAACAAAAAUUUUACAAAAACAAAAAUUUAGUAUUUUGACUGACGAGUCCCCUGAUAUUUCUGCUGUUAAAACAAGUUGUGUGCUGGUUAGAUUUUUUUCUUACAAGGAAGGCCGCAUUGUUACCAAGGUUUGGGAUCUGAUUCAAGUUUUAAUACCUGGGGAAGCUACAUCUGCCACUGCACAACAUCUUUAUGACAAUAUUCUGGCAAGUUUUAGUGUGAAAAAUAUACCCAAAGAAAAUGUAAUUGGCUUCGGUUCAGACGGUUGCAGCACAAUGAUGGGACGAAAUAACUCAGUAGCAAGUCGUUUAAUAGCCGAUUUUCCAAAUAUAUCGAUAAUUAAAUGUAUUUGUCACUCGGUGGCAAUUGUUGCUAGUGAAGCAUGCAAAAAACUUCCACGUACUCCAGAACAUUUAGCAUCUGGUAUUUAUAGUUUUCUCAGUCGUAGUAGUAAACGACAAUGUGAAUUUAUUGAAUGUCAAAUGCAAAGUGAAACAGAAAUUUUGAAAAUGUUGCACCCAUCACAAACACGAUGGCUUUCUUUGGCUGUAGUGAUGGGUGUUGCCUAA